UCCCGGAAGCGGCUCGCCACGGAUGUCUACUGCGCGUCCGUGCGCUGGGCUGAGGGCCGCCGUGGCGGCCGGCAUGGGGCUGAGCGACGGGCCGGCGAGCUCUGGCCGCGGCUGCCGCCUCCUACGCCCUCCGGAGCCCGCUCCGGCGCUGCCGGGGACCCGGCUGCUGCGGCUUCCGGAGAGCGAGGCCGCGGAGGCCGCGAGCCCCGAGCGCUCCGGCUGGACCGAGGCGCUGCGGGCCGCCGUGGCCGAGCUGCGCGCCGGCGCCGUGGUGGCGGUCCCGACCGACACGCUCUACGGCCUGGCCUGCUCGGCGAGCAGCUCGGCGGCCCUGAGCUGCGUGUACCGCCUCAAAGGCCGCAGCGAGGCCAAGCCGCUGGCCGUGUGCCUGGGCCGCGUGGCCGACGUCUACAGGUACUGUCAGGUGAGAGUACCCAGGGAGCUCCUGGAAGACCUGUUCCCAGGCCCUGUGACCCUGGUGAUGGAACGCUCCGAGGGGCUCAACAAAGACCUGAACCCCUUUACUCGUCUUGUUGGCAUCCGGAUUCCUGACCAUGCCUUCAUGCUGGACUUGGCCCAGAUGUUUGGGGGACCACUUGCACUCACUAGUGCCAACCUCAGCUCCCAGGCCAGUUCUCUGAGUGUUGAGGAGUUCCAAGACCUCUGGCCUCAUCUGUCCCUUGUCAUUGAUGGGGGGCCAAUUGGCGAUAGUCAGAGCCCUGAGUGUCGCCUUGGCUCUACUGUGGUUGACUUAUCUGUGCCUGGAAAGUUUGGCAUCAUUCGCCCAGGCUGUGCCCUGGAAAACACUACAGCGGUCCUCCAGCAGAAAUAUGGGCUGCUCCCUUCACAGGGGUCCUGUUCAUGAAACUUGGGGGGACCCAAGGACCAUGCUGGAUACUAUGUGUCUGCUACUGGAUGGCAAAGCCUCAUUGGCUGAGGUUCCUACAUCUAUAGCCUAGCUUUUUAGGCAGCAUCCUUGGCUGUGAAUCCUGUAGGCCAGCCAGAAGCUGCAGGGUGAGCCUUGCCCCCAGGGGAAGGUUAUAUUUAUUUACUCUGUAGAUUCAUUUGUCAACCAAGAAUUAAAUGGAGGGAAGAACAUUCUUAGAGUGGCCUUAUUAUUUUAAGUGCCCCCUCUCACUCCCACCCCCUUUAAGUAACUUGAGUACAGAAUUAGAAUGCAUUAAGAGCUGCUUUCUGGGGAACAGUGACAUUUGAUGUCAAACCAGCCAGAAGCACUAAUGCAGUCUAGAAGUCUUAGGACCAAUGCAGCAAAGUCUUGGAGCCAAGGGCAAAGCUUUCUGGGUACAGGGGAGUGGUUAUUGGGGGAAUUAUUCUAGGAGUCCCAAGUGAAAUAUUAAAAAAUAAAAUCUUGACUUUUUACAGCCAGUGACUUUCUAAUUUAUUGGUAUAGUUCUAUGUGUAAUUUAUUUAGCUUCAUUGUUAAUGCAGAAGCCUUUUAUCCUUGUUCAUGUGUAUACCAAGUAUUUACAUAAUUAUUUUGGGGUAUUUGAACUGUAUUUUGUUAUUAAAUAUUGCUUCUA